ACCCAUGGGACAUUGGGACCCACCUAAUUCCAAUAUUAAAUCCAACGUUAUAAACCGGGGUCGCACUACCGAACCAAGCUGCCACUCUUGCAUCGCUUCUCAGCUACCAGUUUGUUUUCUUAACUUUGACUCCUGUUCAAGCUUUGUGUGUGUACUCUCCAGAGGCCCGCCUCUCGCUCACUCCCUCUCUCAGAAAUUUUGUCAAACACUACAUAAUCAAGUUAGCAGAAACUGCUUUGAAAUGAUCGUAGUAUUCUAACUGCUAAGGCAAAUGAGAAGAACUGAUUGAGCUCGCAUUUAUCUAUGUGCUUGAGUGCCAUGGAGUUUUCAUCUCGUUUUAAUCUUGGGGUUCGGAGGUCAUGUGCAACUAUUUGGUUAUGGAUGGCUUUGGUGCUCCUGCUGCAUAAUAGUAGAGGGGUAGUCUCAGAUUCCAAGUAUUCGAUUGGGCUUGGAAGCUAUGACAUUACAGGACCCGCAGCUGAUGUUAAUAUGAUGGGAUAUGCUAAUACAGAACAGAUCGCAUCCGGGAUUCACUUCAGACUGCGAGCUCGCACUUUUAUUGUUGCGGAGCCUGAAGGGAACCGGGUAGUAUUUGUUAAUCUUGAUGCUUGCAUGGGUUCACAACUUGUAACAAUUAAAGUGAUUGAGAGGUUGAAGGCCAGGUAUGGAGACUUAUAUACAGAAAAGAAUGUAGCUAUUAGUGGAAUUCACACUCAUUCUGGCCCUGGGGGCUAUCUCCAAUAUGUUACGUAUAUUGUAACAUCUCUUGGAUUUGUACGCCAGUCAUUUGAUAUCCUUGUUGACGGGAUUGAGAAAAGCAUUAUACAAGCUCACGAAAAUCUCCGGCCAGGAUCAAUUUUUGUAAGCAAGGGACAGCUCUUAGAUGCUGGUGUCAACCGCAGUCCUAGUGCUUAUCUUUAUAAUCCCGCAGCAGAGCGUAGUAAAUAUAAGUAUGAUGUUGACAAGGAAAUGACCCUUUUGAAGUUUGAAGAUGAUGAGUGGGGUCCAGUUGGUAGCUUUAAUUGGUUUGCAACUCAUGGAACUUCUAUGAGUCGUACAAAUUCAUUGAUAAGUGGGGAUAACAAAGGCGCUGCUGCAAGAUUUAUGGAAGACUGGUUUGAGCAGAAUGGUAUUGGAAGCUCAUAUUCUGAUAAAUUUGGAGCUGAUGGAAUCCCAUGGAGAGUCUCAAACAUAAGUCCUGACGUUCAUGAUAACCACCAUGAGUUACUGGAGCUCGCUGCAUUCUUCCAGUCUCCUCCUGGCAGACCAGCAGCCAGCAUUCCGAGUGUUGCUAGACGUGUCAGGAGUGCUCUCAGGCAAGAUAACAAGCCUGCAUUUGUAUCUGCUUUUUGUCAAUCGAACUGUGGUGAUGUUAGCCCAAAUGUUCUUGGCGCAUUCUGCACAGACACUGGGCUACCUUGUGACUUCAAUCACAGUACAUGUGGUGGGAAGAAUGAGUUGUGCUAUGGCCGAGGACCAGGUUACCCUGAUGAAUUUGAAAGUACACGUAUUAUUGGAGAGAGGCAAUUCAGAAAGGCUGUAGAGCUUUUUAACAAAGCAUCUGAACAGUUAGAGGGGAAGGUUGACUAUCGUCACGCAUACAUAGACUUCUCACAACUUGAGGUGACACUUCCGAACAAGGGAGGAGGCUCUAAGGUGGUAAAAACAUGCCCUGCUGCAAUGGGAUUUGGAUUUGCUGCUGGAACAACCGAUGGACCUGGAGCUUUUGAUUUUAAGCAAGGAGAUGACAAGGGAAAUCCUUUCUGGAGGUUGGUGCGUGACGUACUAAAAACACCAGACAAGGAACAAGUUGAUUGUCAAAAACCAAAGCCCAUCUUGCUUGAUACUGGUGAAAUGAAGCAACCAUAUGAUUGGGCUCCUUCAAUACUUCCAAUCCAGAUCCUCAGAAUAGGACAGUUGGUCAUUCUCAGUGCUCCUGGAGAAUUUACAACAAUGGCUGGGAGGCGUCUCCGCGAUGCUGUGAAGACGGUGCUCACUAUUGGAGGUCAUGGAGACUUCAAUAACAAUGUUCAUGUUGUUAUAGCAGGGUUGACUAAUACCUAUUCACAGUAUGUGACUACGGUUGAAGAGUACGAGGCCCAGAGAUAUGAGGGAGCCUCCACCCUAUACGGUCCACAUACACUGAGUGCCUACAUUCAGGAGUUCAAGAAGCUUGCGAGUGCUAUCAUCACUGGCCAACCUGUUGAACCAGGGCCACAACCCCCAGAUCUCUUGGAGAAGCAAAUAGGCUUACUCACCCCAGUCGUGGUGGAUGCAACCCCUCGUGGCGUAAAUUUCGGGGAUGUCAGCUCCGAUGUUCCCAAAAAUUCAACCUUUAAGAGAGGAGACUUGGUGACGAUCACCUUCUGGACAGCUUGCCCCCGAAAUGACCUCAAGACUGAAGGUACAUUUGCCCUUGUGGAGAUCCUCCGUGGGAAGGAUUCGUGGGUUCCGGCUUAUGAUGAUGAUGAUUUCUGCCUGCGUUUUAAGUGGUCAAGACCAUCUAAACUCAGUGCUCGGAGUCAGGCAACAGUAGAAUGGAGAAUCCCGGAAUCCGCACUAGCCGGUGUGUACAGAAUAAGCCAUUUUGGUGCUUCAAAGAGUAUUAUAGGAUCAGUUCGCCAUUUCACAGGUUCAUCUAGUGCGUUUGUGGUUGCUUGAGAGUCUCUUUUCUAUUUACAUAUAUGUAAGGUAGUGUGUAAAGCUAUUUAGCAUGAGAACGUCUAUAUAUAUGGUUUGUUUAUAUAUGUACGCCAAUGGCUAGAGCUAAAGCUAUUUGGCCUGGAAAUCUUGAACGUGUUCACCUAAUGUAAACGGAAAACCAGCCGAGUCCAAUAAAAGGCAAUAUCGGGAUCCUAUGAUAGGCGGGUCCAGCGAAUCAGCCUC